AUGAGGCAGACUUUUAUCCGUUCGAGCUGGUUCAAAGCUGGCCUUCGUGGCAGUCUCUCGCCAUCGCACCGUCGUAUUGAGCAUGGCUUCAAUCGAUACCAAGCGACUUCUAUAUCUCUAGAAAAUGCCUUAACAGAAGUUCCUGCAUCUCGUUUUCUCUCAGACCCCAAGACUGUUGCCAUCGUUGGCUGUCCUUUCGGUGGUGGUCAGCCCAAGCCAGGCGUUGAUAAGGGUCCAAUUCGCCUGGUCAAUGCUAAGCUCCCAGAGCAGCUCAAGGGACUAGGAUGGAAGGUCGAGUUCAAUGGACAUCACCCGUUCGAAGAAAUCGACGCCCAGAGCGAUCCCCCAAUAGGCCUACUCAAGAAUCCUCGCUACGUGUCGCGCGCCUGCAAGGCUGUUUCCGACGUCGUUGGCGCCCAUGCGAAGAACGGCCAGCUGCCGCUGAUGCUUGGUGGAGACCACUCUCUUGCUAUGGGCUCGGUCUCGGGGACAUUGAAGCAAUACCCCGACGCAUGCGUCAUCUGGGUAGAUGCGCAUGCAGACAUUCAUACCGUGGACACUACUGAUACCGGUAAUAUUCACGGGAUGCCUUUGUCAUUCCUGCUUGGACUUGGACCUAAAGUCUCUGAGUUUUCCUGGGUGAAACCGCUGCUGAACCCGUCUCGCCUGGUAUACAUCGGCCUGCGUUCUGUCGAUACCAGUGAGAAGCGUAUCCUGAAGGAAAACGGUAUCCGCGCGUUCAGCAUGCACGAGGUGGAUAAGUAUGGCAUUGGUGGAGUUGUCGACAUGGCGCUAGACCAUGUGAACCCUAAGAGGGAUCUGCCGAUUCACCUGAGUUUCGAUGUGGAUGCAUUGGAUCCGUGGUAUGCUCCUUCAACCGGCACACCCGUUGCAGGCGGCCUCAGCUCCAGGGAGGGGCACUACAUUUGUGAGGCCAUAUACCAAACAGGCUGCCUCGUUGCACUUGACAUUGUGGAAAUCAAUCCGUCCCUUGGGGAUGUCCGGUCGGUGGAGAAGACCCUUGCCGUAGGGUGCUCUCUUACGCGUGCCGCCCUUGGUGAGAGAUUGUUAUUCACAGAUACCAACGAAAAAUCAGCAUCGACCCUGACUCUCGUGGGGUAUAUCGAACUUCAAACUUCCAACCACAGGCGACUAACUUCAUUUCUCAACCAUCCUCAUCUACAACGUUGCUUGUCUCCCUCUCUUCACCCUUCUACCACAUACUUCCUCACCAUGUCGUUCGCACACUCGCUAUCAGUGCACGAUGACCUUUAUGACCCCUGGAGAGAAGACUCCUUUACCCAUUUGCUUCCCAAGCCGUCAUACGACUGGCUUGAUCAGGAAGAACCAUCGCCUUUCGCAAAGGCCACUGCUAGCAAAACCAACCGAACCACCUCCCUCCCUUUCGAACCGAGCGACCACAUCGCGAGCCUUUUGAGGCGUGUCCACCCUAACCUCGUUCACGCUAUCAACCCAUGGUGCGGUUUGCGAGGGAGCCGUGACACUGAUGAGUAUUCGUCCCUCGAAGGCGAACCAUGGGCAGAGACCGCUAGAGGUUGGGACGAGGGUUCACUCCUCGAACAAGGUCCUGCCGACGACUUCACCACGUUUGGCUUGGACUUCACAUCUGUGGAGCACGACGAGCAAACAUCGGUGGAUACCCUGGGCUCUGCUUCCCCGGAGGUGAACCCGCCGCAAGCAGCUCUAGCGGCGCCGGCGGACCAUGCACGCGACGGAUCAUCAUGUUCAUGCCCUCGACAACAACUAUCCCAAGUCGAGAGCACGAAACAAACGCCUCAGAGUGCCACACCCAGUUCGGCAACCUCAGUGGCGGUCAACUGUUCCUCCGUCGAAGCGCUGCUUGCAGCACCUCUGGACAAUGCACGUGAAGGUCCAUCAUCUUCACGUCCUCAAUCCCCACCCCGAGUGGAGAAUGCGCAACUAAUACCACCGAGGCGCACACCACGCUCUCCUUCCCAAAGGACUGCGGAGCCUUCCGCACAACGUUCCGCGACGCGAUCAGUGCUAGUGGCACCUGCGGACCGUGCACCCGUCGGUCCAUCGUCAAGCUCUCCACCAUCACAGGGGAAAAAGAGAAAACAGACAGAGGAGAUCGUAGAGGUGGAAAAGCGGGAGACGAAAAAGAGGCGUACACAAAAUGAGGGCGUCCAAGGUGAAGAGGAGCCAAAAAGGACGACAAACCAAGGGAACCAAAUCGCAGAGGACGAGGUCGACUUGGGUGUUCAUGGCAUCAUCAACCGUGGGGGCAAGAAAUUGGAAUGUACCUAUUGCGACAAGUUCUUCGCCAAUGGAGCUCACGCGAUAGUGCGCCACGUCCAGUCAAACCGGCACCUUGAAAAGUUACCCCACGAAAUAAGGGAAGAGCUUUCAAAGGCGGCAAAGCUGCACUGCGAGCAUUGUAACAAAGAAAUAUCAGGCGGGCGACGCGAUUCCCUGAGACGGCAUUAUGAUAGUUGCACUGUGCUCCAUCCGGAGAAAUGCGGCAAACGUCUUCGUCGCUGA